CGUCCCCGCAAUAUAGCGGCACCCGGCGGAGGGGAAUGCUAUGACGAACGUGGAGCGUUCGGUCCCUAAAACCCUAAAACUCAUGGAUCCCAGCGUACAGUUCAGGAGAUCGAAGGCGCAGUGUCUGGGCAAAGCGGACCUCAGCCGGAGAGGCAGUGUGGACGAGGACGUGAAAGAGAUCGUGCAGUUGCUGAAUUCGCGAGAUCAGUUUUUCACCACCAGUUCCUGCUCCGGCCGCAUCCUCCUCAUUGACGGGGAUUCAAGUGGUUUUGAAGUUCAGAAACAAAACUGCUGUUGGCUGCUGGUUACACAUAAACCCUGUAUAAAAGAUGAUGUGAUGGUUGCUCUGAAAAAAGCAGGUGGUGAUGCCAUUUUGAAAUUCGAACCAUUUAUUCUUCAUGUGCAGUGUCGACAGUUGCAGGAUGCACAGCUUCUGCAUUCAGUAGCGAUAGAUUCUGGUUUCAGGAACUCCGGCAUAACAGUCGGGAAGAGAGGGAAGACAAUGUUGGCUGUCCGGAGUACACAUGGCUUAGAAGUUCCUUUAACCCAUAAGGGGAAACUGAUGGUGACAGAGGAGUAUAUUGACUUCCUGUUAAAUUUAGCCAAUCAAAAGAUGGAAGAAAACAAGAAGAGAAUUGAAAGAUUAUACAAUUGCCUCCAACAUGCUUUGGAAAUGGAAACCACUACUAAGUCACAGCCCAAGAUCAGAGAGAGAAAUAAUCUAUUAUCCACUCACAAGAAAGGAAGGAACCCAGAGACAGUAGGGGACAGAUGCAUUGCUGGACAGAACGAUAGCAAGCCUGAAGAAGAUGAUGAUGAUCCAGGAUUCAGUGUCAGUCUCUUCCCUGAAGAAUAUUAAGCUUUACUUCUUAAGUAACUCUAGAACAAUGUUUCUACUAGAUAUUAUACAAUUGCUCUUCAUAAGAGUGCUUUGGUUCGGUGAGCUUAUCCGUCAUUCAGACACGUACCCGGGGAGCACAAACAGCCCUCAAUUACUAGCUGGAAGUUUGGGGGUUCCAGCAUAGCCAGGGCCCCUGAAGAGAGGCCUGGGAAUCUGUCCCUGAGAGGAUAUGACUGAAAACCCUUGGAGCGGAGUUCCGCAGGUCACCAUAAUGUCAGAAUCAACCCAGCUGCAACAUAUCAGUCAUUCGUAGAAGCAAGAAUUUCUGUACCUAUAGAGAAAUCCACCUUUUAAAGACAGGUUUUUAAAAAAUUGCUUUGUAUAAUUCUUCGUUCAUGAUGAUACCCUUCCUUUUGGGGGGGUCUUUUUUUAAAUAAAUACUUUUAUUGGGG